AAGAAGGAUGAGCACAGUGACGGCAACUAAACGGAAAACUUUAGCUACAACAAACAUAUGGUAACAAUAUAACAAGAAAUAGAAAAUGCUCGUUCCAGGCUGUAACGUUAGAGAAUUACUUUUAAGUGGACUGGCGGAAGAACUUUCACGUGCUCCUUGCUGGUCAGCGAUGUCACUUUGCAGCGUAACCAACAAAUGUCUGGACUUCCCGUAAACGUGCAAUUACUCGGUUAACGGGACGUUGCGUAAUACUGGACUUUUUGCGUUGGCGAAUAACGUGAGCGAUGGCAUGGCAGAAUGUAAAAUUACGUUUUCUUAUACUACUGUACAUGUGGAUAUGCUCUCAAGCCUCUUUUGAAGUGGAUGUAAACUGCUGGUGGAAUCGAGCUCAUCCUGUGGGCCACAAUGUGUCCGUUGUGUGCCACACGAGUGCACGGGGAAGAGCAAAAAGUUGUGAUCUCUUCCAGCUUUGGGUUAUCACACCGGGGCACAGACAUCUGUUACCCAGCGCAUGUGUCAGUGCCAAAGAAACCUUCAACUUCUCUAUUGCAAUAAAACAUACAUGGCAUAUUCGCUGCAUGUGCAAUGGAAAAACAGACGAUAUCUGCAAUGUAACAGUAAGAGGAGGCUAUCCACCUUCUUCCCCUUCCCGUCCUGAUUGUGCUAUUGAAGACUUGAAUGAAGACAUUCACUGCUCCUGGACGAAAUCCAAUGAGCCAAUGAUUCCCACCAUUUACACUCUUCACUGGAAAGAUUGUGAUGGGAACAUUAAAUCAAGGGAGAGCGAUCAAGAGAAUGUGGUCAUAAAUCGGGCAGAGUAUAUGAAAAGCACUGACAUUACAGCAUGGGUCACUGCCAAAAAUGGGUUGGGUUCUGCACAAUCUGAAGAGUCUGUCUUCAACACAGGCCAUAUCAUUCGUCCAGACCCCCCCAACAAUAUUACCCACACCUUCAUGCCGCUGGUGAUCUACUGGAACAUGGACUGUGACAGUGUGGACCCCUUAGACAAGAAGUGUCAAGUGCAAUACCACACACACGAUCACAUGCUGGACUGGAUUCAGGAGGAUGAUUUGCAGUCCACAUUUCCGUUGGAGGAUUCCCAGCCAUUCACAGAGUACAGUUUUCGUGUUCGCUGCCACUGUGGAUAUGAAGAGAAAGUCAUGAGUGACUGGAGUUCAGUGUUUUCAGUCAGAACGCCCCCUGCAGCACCGGUUGGACAGCUGGAUGUUUGGAGUGAUUGUGUCCCUUAUUCUGACAACUCCUCCUGUAACAUCUAUUGGAAAGAAAUGCCCCUGUCUCAGGCUAGAGGGGAAAUUAGCAACUAUAUUGUGACACUGAAGCUUAAAAAUGGGACUGAGAUCAAGCAGGUUACCAGGCAGUCGAGAGACACAGGAAGUCAGCAUCGCACCGAGCAGAACUGCCCGCAGCUCAGACGUUUCCCUCUCAAGAUGGGUGUUAUGGGAGUUUUUGUGUCAGCCAACACCUCAAUGGGCACGUCCAUCCCCACAUUCAUGCUGUUUCCUGUGAGGGGACAGACAACACCUGAGGUGAAUCUGAGUGUAAUGGGUGAGAAACAGACGCUGCGGGUCUCAUGGUCUGUACACCCACAGUUCUCUGACAGCGUCCUGGAGUAUGUCGUCCAGCACGUGUCUGUAGUACCUCACCUUGCGUGCCUGAGCUGGGUCAGAGUAAACAGAACCCAGACAUCUGUCACAAUCACAGGUGACUUCAGGAACUACACAGCAUAUAAUGUGUCACUGUAUACUGUCUUCAACAAUCACAGCACUUUCCUCAAGUCAGCAAUUGCAUACACACUUCAAGGAGUUCCUCCUAAAGUCCCACAAUUCGAUGUGAAGAUCGUCUCUCAGUCUUCUGUCAUUCUGAUGUGGAGCCCCAUCCCUUUGCAUGAGAGCAAAGGUGUCAUCCUGCAUUACUCGGUGGGCAUCAAUGAGACAGGGUAUAACGUGAGCAGUGACAGCACCAGCAUGCAUCUGUCAGACCUGCAGCCGGCCCGGCAGUACCAGGCCUGGGUGAGCGCUGUGAGCGCUGCUGGUGAAGGCAUGAGGAGCAUCACCACUUUCUCCACCACUGAGGAAAACAGUUUUUUUACUUCAAUACUGAUGGCUGUAUUCAUACUAUUGUCUUUCCUGAUAUUAGUUAUUGCUUUUAAAUUGGUAUGGUUACGUUACUGUUCCCAGAAGAUCCCAGAUCCAUUAAACAGUAAAUCAUUUAACCAUAUGAACUUUCAGCAUGCGUGGCCAUGGCUCUGUUCUCUGUCGGAAUCACCUCUGAAGAUCUCUGAGCUGGAGAUCGUGGAGAACCUGCAUCCCACCACACCUACCUCUCCCUCUGAGACUGAACUGGAGAAGAUUUUAAUCGAUGUGGAACCACAACAGUUCCAGGUGCCAGAUGGACUGGGCAGAACAAAUGAAGGUGGGGAGAAGUGGUUAGAAGACUCUGAGGAAUCAAACAGACGACACAUUUCAAAGCAGGACAGCUGGAGAAAAGAGUACAGUGAGAUGGUUGAUACUGAUGAAGAGGAGGGCGCUGGUGGUGAAGAGUGGUGGGACCAGCAAGGUGUCUCGGACUAUGAAAGACAUUUUAUGCCAUCUGUUGAGGCGAAUUAACGCUGCCAUUUCCUACUUCAUGAUGUUUGAUCUGUAGUGCCUUAAAUGGAACAAUCAGAAAUGUUGAUUGUUUACUAAAGAACAAUUGUAUUGUACUCUUUAUUCAUGCACUGAAAAAGAGUAUUAAGACAUGUUAUUCAUGAAAUUCCAAAAUGUGUCUGUGGGAGAGAUCUUGCAGAGCUAUGCACAAAUUUCCACAGUUAGGAAAUCAAAUCAAAUCCACGCCUUGGCGUCAUCAAAUGGCAUAAGGACUGUUUUCAAACGGGUUUUCUAGAACACUUUGCUUUUGCCAUUCGUCCAGAUAGAUGUUCCUGCCACAAACUCAGGCCAUUGGUUGAGCCAAUGUUGGGCUGUUCGGAACAGAGCUCAGAUCCACAAUCCCAUGUGGCUUACACUUUUCAGGGAAUUCAGACUACAGAUGUCUUAUAGUCUCUGCUCAUUAAACCUUGUCGGAAAAAGGUAUUUCAACAUUGAAAACAUUGCAUUUAUGACACAA